AUGAUCAGUGAUCGGUCUGAGUUCAGAGUACACCUACGGAGAGUAUUCUUCAUUAUGAUCAGAACUUCAUAUAGAUGGAUUUGUAGUCAUCCUUUUCUCCUUGGAUUUGUUGGCUUUGUGUAUCUUCUGUAUAGAACUUGUCCUCUUUUGUUUUCUCCCUUGCUGGCUGCUUGUCCUCUUUUGUUAUCUCCCUUGCUGGCUGCUUCUCCUGUUCUGGUGUGCACUUUCGUUUUGCUUGGAACUAUUCUGAGUUUUGGAGAGUCAAAUAUACCUGAGAUUGAAACAGAACCGGAGACUACUGUUCACGAGCCUGCUCUUUUCACAACUGAGGUUUCGAGGGAUACUAAUGUUGUUGAGAGAGGGGAUGAGAGUUUUACGGUAGAGAGGUUUGUGAGCACGGAGAAAGAUGGAAAUGAUGAUAGAUUAGUAGAAAAUCAUCUGAGUGAGGCUCUUGAUGAGUUCAAACGGGAUACUCAGGUAAGGUUUGAGGAGAGAGCGUUUGUUUUUGACUUGGAGAAGAAGGGAGAGGGAGAAGAGGAGAAGUUUACUGGAAAUGAUGGGAAGCAUGGAGAACAGUCGAGGAAUAUUGAUGAUUCUUUAGAUGAAAUGAUGAAGGAUUCAAAGGAAGAACUUGUGGAUGUAUCUCCAGUUUCUCCUUGGAGACCAAUGAGGCAUGAGGAGGACGAGGAUGAUGAUGCGGACCGUGAUGACUCACUGGAUUCUAGUUCUGAUGGUGCAGAAAGCUCUUCACCUGACCCCUCUAUGACAGACAUCAUCCCAAUGCUUGAUGAGCUUCACCCGCUUUUACUCUCCGAAAAUCCAGGUCGUGGUAUUGCAGAUCUUGAAGGAUCAGAUGCAACUUCAGAGGAGCCAGAUAUGAGUAGUAGUGAUAGUGAUGAAGGAACGGAGUCUGAUGUUAACAGCGAAAGUCAUGGAGAAGAGGGAAACAACAAGAACAAAGAGGAAGUGGAAAAGAAGGAAGAGGAGGAAGAUGAAAGCAAAUCACCAAUCAAAUGGACAGAGGCUGACCAAAAGAAUGUCAUGGAGCUAGGGAGUCUUGAGCUUGAAAGAAACCAACGGUUGGAGAGUCUUAUCGCCAGGAGAAGGGCUCGCAACAGUAUGAGACUGAUGACAGAGAGAAAUCUGAUUGAUUUUGACUGUGCUGAUGUUCCCUUUAAUAUGCCACCAAUCUCAACGGCAAGGCAUAAUCCAUUUGAUCUUUCAUAUGAUGAUAUGGGAUUACCACCUAUCCCUGGCUCUGCCCCGUCCAUUAUGUUCGCGAGGAGAAACCCAUUUGAUCUUCCAUAUGAGCCAAAUGAAGAAAAGCCAGACCUCAAGGGUGAUGGUUUCGAGGAAGAGUUCUCUUCUCCUCAACCUAAGGAGCCAGUGUUCAGAAGACAUGAGAGUUUCAGUGUAGGUCCAUCAAUGCUCGGAGGUCCUAGACAUGAUAGGCUACGACCUUUUUUCGUGCUAGAAAGAUUAGCACAUGAGAGAGCGAGCUAUUAUCCAUUUGAAAGGCAGCUCAGUGAAGUUAGUGAAUCAAAAGUCAGUUCUGUACCUGAUACUGAAUCUGUCUGCACAAUCCUGGAGGAUGAAGAAAAGAAAGUGGAUGAACAUGAUGCUGAUCGGGAAACCGAUAUAGCUAAAACUGAUAUGGAUUCUGACCAUGAUGAAGAAAAAAACAUUUCGGCUUCUGACCAUGAUGAAGAAAAAGGCCAUUCAGCUUCUGAACAUGAUGCAGAAAAAGGCCAUUCUUCAGAAGAUUCUGAUUUUGAUGAGCAAGCUGAUCGCAAAAAUCUUCAUCAUCAUGUUGCUGAGAUAAUACUGGGAAGUGAAGAAACACACGUUACACACCAUGAGCAAUCAAACAUUAUGGACAAAGAACCCGAUAAGACAAAUCAUGAUGAAGAGGAUUCCAGUGAUAAUGAUUCAUCUGUAUCAGAGAUAAAAGAAGAGAUAGCGCAUAUUAGUGAGAAUGAAGCAAUGUUGAUUUCGGAGCGGAAAGUUGAUCUUCAUGAGAAAUCAGGUACUUCUUCCCAGACUUCUUUUGGAGGAUUAGAUAGCCACGUUGUAAGAGGGGUGGAGGAUGAUUAUCACCAGGAUGAAACGCCUGCUUUUAUUACUGCAGUCCCCUCCCUGGAGGAGUCAGAAAUUCAUGAUCUUUGUGGUUUGGUGGACAUCCACGAAAAACCUGUUUACGAUUCGAGUCCUCCCUCAGCCAGUAGAUUCCCAUCAUUUUCUUCCGUAUCAUCUGAUUACAAACCAGAUCUACCUGGAAAGAGUGGAGAAGCCAUACAAGAAAAUGCAGAUGAUGAACGUGAAGUUGAUUCUGAAAGCAUAGGUCCUGAUGAGACUGAGACAAGUACAAGGGAAGUUGGAGAGAGUAGAACGCAUGUCACUGUAGAGGCAAGCCUUCUCAUUGCGGAGGCUGGAAUUGAUGGUCAAAAGAACUCAACUGUUUCAGUGUCUGAAUUUGAGGAUCCCUUGCUUGAUCCAUCCUCUCUACCUGUGGAUAAAAACGAGGAUGCUGAUCACCUGGAGGAUGACCACCCUUUGUCUGUUUCUAGUCAAGAAGAGCUUCAUGGAGAGGUGAAAGAGGCUUUAGAUACCAGAGAGCUAGAUGUUAGUGAAUCUUUGGUGGACUUGGUUUCUCCUACAGAAGAGGAAGUAGUAUCUACAGGGAUAGUUGACCAACAUCUUCCAGUUGAGCAUACAACUUCACCUUUGGCAUACAGUGACACGACAGAGCAUGUGACAGCACUGGAAGAAUCACCUGAUGUGGUACAUGACAUAGCUGAAACUUCAGUAGACAGAGCAGUAGCUGAAGAAAUAGUUCAGGAGGACGAGAAUAAACAAAAAGAUGAAGCCAAUCCUCAAACAUUCAAUGCAGACAUCCCAAUAGACAGUUACGCCACUUUGUCUUCUGGAGCAGUUGAUUAUGUAGAGACGCAUUCAUUUAAUGACGAAAUAGUUCCGCAGUCAGAACAAAAUCCAAUUCAAUUUUCAGUUUCCGAUGCCAAGGAAGAAACACACCCCAACCAAACUAUGGAUAUUGAAGUAGACUCUGUGAAUACUAGUGCCCAAAAUGUGGGAUCCGAAGAAACGACUCCAUCUGAAUCAGAUGGACAACCGACCUGGUCAGAUAAAUCUGUUGUAGAACAAUCAUCCCUUGAACCUUGUGAAGAUCAAGUACCAGAACUUGCAGCUCCCGAGAAUACAACCGAGUUAUCUUGUUUGACAUCUGACACAGCCUCAUCUCCAGCAGAGUCUCCUGAGUACGAAACACCUAUGGUUGGUGAAGGCUUAAAGGCGGAGUUCUUCCAAGAGACUCUUAAUGAGGGGCUUGACCAUGUGGCCGAGCGAUUAGAUCAGUUUACAGAUUUACAUUCAAUAACUCAAAGUCCUUCUGAACUUAUCACCGAAGAAGCAGAGCAAUUAGAUCAGUUUACAGAUUUACAUGCAAUAUCUCAAAGUCCUCCUGAAGUUAGCACUGAAGAGGCAGACGAGAUAAAAGAGAUUGAUGGAUUGUUGUCUGAACUUGACACGAUUGGAGACUUCAAUGUUAAGGAAAUUGUGACAGAUUCUGAACCUGGGCCAUCUUCAAUAGGAUCAGAGACUGCCACUGAACAGACGGAAGCUCUGCCUGUUCUGGAUGUGAGAUCAGUUGAAGACAUAGAAUCUGCUUUCCAGCAGAUCCAUGAAGGAUCUGAGGUUGAGGAUGUUAUUCUUCCAAGCACCGUUCAAGACCAGUUGGCUCAAGAAAAUUCUGCAAACUCAACAGAGACCAAGUCAGAUUUAACAGUAGUGGAAGCUACGUCGAAAGAUGACCUAGAUACUGCUAUGAAUCAGGCUGUGGUAGAGAGCAUGGGCAAGCAACCAAAGUCACCAGAAUCAGAUGGUGGGUCUGGAGAAACCAAGUGUGCUGUUGAAACCGAACCAACAGGAUCUUUAGUUGAAGAAAGAUCUCUUGAUGAGACAAAUGUUCAUUUGAACAACACACCUGAGAAAGAAGAAGAAGAGAAAAGUAGACCGAAAGAGAUAACAACAUCGUCUAUCCAAACUCGGUCAUUGGAUGAAAUUCCAAAACCUUCAGAACCAAAAGAGGGGAUGGCAAUGGAAGUAAUCUCUGAAAGAGUGGUGAUUCCCACAGAAGCCAUUGAGUCUAGUAAUGUAACACUAAGCGAUGAAGUUGUGACUGACAAAGCAAAAGCUGAGACCUCAAGCAACCUUGAUGGGAUUUUACAGAGUCCUGAGUCCAAACAAACUCCGGAAGAUUCAGGGGAAAGCAUCGCAGAGUAUAAAGUAAAGACAGAGGAGAAGAAGGAGAAGGGUAAAUAUGAUUCUUCAAGCUCGAGCUCAAGCUCUAGUUCGAGUGACUCAGAAUGAAAAAAAGUCGAAGGGUAAUACAUCUCAAUUCCUAGUAAAUAUAUAUGUUUGUUACACGUAAUGAUAGGCACUUCUGGGUUUGUUUUCUCAUCAGACUGUGUGCUCUGUUUUAAAAGGGGCAGGAAGAAGCCGCUAUUGAAUUUUUUGUACCAAGUUUUCUCCUUUUUUCGGUUGUUUUCCUUUUCUCGUGUUUCAGCUUCCAUGUUUAUUGAUUUGAUUGAUUUGUAUUUCCUGACACUAUUCUGAGUUUUCAGGAUAUUUUGGUUUGUGACUUUUAAAUAUUUUGGGUGGUUCUUAAUAUUUUGUAUUGGACCUGAGAAACGAGAAGUGUAUUGAUGAUUGGAUUAUUCUUUGAACAUUGUUGGAA